CACGGGCAGGUAUGGGCUGCAAACGAUUAUCUUCCAGCCCAGCCAGUGGAAAGAAAGAAGUGGGAUUUCUCUGGUAACAAUUAGUGAUGAGGGGAGCUCCACUCGUUCUCGUCUGUGCUAGUAUUACUGGUUAGGCUGUAACAGGCGGCGAGCUCUCGCCCUCCAGAAACACAUAGAAGGAGCAGUGAAGGAACGAACGCUGGUUUGCCUAGAGGUGCUGUCGGGAGUGCCGCAUCCGGUCACAGCUGUCCGCUAGUUGUUGGAAUGGGAUUGAGUCUGGGGCUCGGAGCAAAUUUCACCGGUCUCCCAGUUCCACUCGCCCGGCCUGUUCCUGGCGCAUUUCUCCAGUUGCCCUCAACAUUGGGGCCGGCGCGUUCCCGCCUGUAUUGGAUGCUGACGGCCCGAUGGCUCUCAGUUCCAGGGCCCACGCUUUCUCUGUGGAAUCUCUCGUGGGGAAUUCCCUGAAGAGAACAAACGAAGACACUGGAAAUGGGCAGCUGAGAGACGGACUUAACGCCGCGCAGAAUCAGCCUGGGCGCCCCAAGUUGGAAGAACACGAGCAAUCUGCAGCCGUAGCAGAAGGGGACAAAAUCAGCAGUUCUCCGUCUCACAGAUCGCUCGGCGGUGACUCGGAUGAUCUACAGGUGGAACUGCAAGGAGCGGAUCUUUGGAAGAGAUUUCAUGAGAUCGGAACCGAGAUGAUCAUCACAAAAGCUGGCAGGCGCAUGUUUCCCGCGGUUCGGGUGAGGAUCAGAGGCCUGGAGUCUGAGAGACAAUAUUACAUCGCUAUGGAUAUUGUCCCUGUGGAUUCCAAGAGAUACAGGUAUGUGUACCACAGUUCACAAUGGAUGGUGGCUGGGAACACCGAACAGUCACCGAUGGCACCCCGACUCUACGUCCACCCCGACUCGCCAACGUCAGGGCAGUCCUGGAUGAAACAGAUCAUCAGCUUCGACCGGGUAAAGCUCACCAACAACGACAUGGACGAGAAAGGACAUAUUAUACUGCAAUCCAUGCAUAAAUAUCGUCCGCGAAUCCAUGUGGUGGUGAAAGAGGUGGAUUUGGACAUGUCUAUACAUCAGUUCCUCCCUUCAAAUGGAGUGCAGACAUUCACAUUCCCGGAGACUGAAUUCACCACUGUCACAGCCUACCAGAACCAGCAGAUUACAAGGUUGAAAAUUGACAGAAAUCCUUUCGCCAAAGGUUUCAGGGAUCCAGGGAGAAACAGGAUUGGCCUGGAGCGAGUGAUGGACAAUUACCCCUGGCGGCCCACAAACUGCCGAUCACCACUGGAUUUCCAACCAUUUAACAUCCAAAAGCCAGUCGGGUACCCGGACUCGCCGUUGGGCAAUUCCAGCGCUGGCACUCUGGCAUCUCUCAGCUCGGAGCUCUUCCCGAUGUGCUCAGCGCCGGGACUGUUUCACCUGAACGCCAGCUCCCUAGCGGUGACUUGCCGGACCCCUCGACGCUGCAGUCUAGACGGGCCGGCUCGGAGUCUGGGGGCCCAGCACUUCAACCCGCCAGCCAGCGACAAUUCGCCCCACGACCUCUUGGUCACGCAGAGAGGUCCGCCGCUCAUGUUUCGUUUCCCUUCCGUGUCCUCACUCGCUUCAAGCAACGGGAAAAGUGGGCACGGCUUGCAACUGGCGCCCAGUGCGGCGUUCCCCCACCUUCAAAUGAUGCACCCGGGUAGCGCCGUGUCCCAGAGCCACCGCGGCGUAUACAGCUGGGCUGCGCGGCGCCCCCACACUCUCUAUGGAUACCAUUUAUCCGCACCUACCUCGCCCACAGCUCCCCUUAAACUGACAAGCCCUCUGCCUGAAAACGCCCUGGGGACCGAGCGGAUCCUCCGGUGUGGCAAGACUGGGCAGUGGCCCCAACCUGUCAGCCACUGCCUGUGACUGGGUGAGGAGGUGAGAUCGGGGAGGUGUGGAACGCUAUCCACUGAGACUUGCGCCCUAUAAUACAGCGCUGAAGUGUUUCGCCAGAGUUGCCCGCCUGGGUACGAGCACCGAUUUAUUCACAGGCGUGACCGACUUAUGCCAUUUUAAAAAAAGGGCAAUAUACAAAUAGGGGGAAUCGUAAAGCGCCGAGCUGAGCAGAACAAAUCCAAAUUAAAUGGGUAAUUGAUUCUAAUUUCGUUGCCGGACUGAAGCCCGUUCAACCUCAAGAACCAGCAACAAGCCCACUGUACAUUUUUGAGUUUGGGCAGAGACAAGGGGCGAAGUUACUCCAGCAUUUUCGGUUUUAACCAGUAUCUGCGGUUCUUUCCUACACAAGGGUGAAUUUAAGUUGCUUUUCGACAGUCUUAACUACACACGAACCCUUUCAUACAUUUGUUGCCCCCCCCCCCCCCCCCACCCCCAAUCAAAAAUCUCCAGAAGGUAAUGGACGUGUGUGCACAUUGAAUAUCACGAUGCAAUGGAGUGAAAUAUCCGUGGGGAUCCCCAGUACACAACACUCACUCAACAACCCGAGUCCUCCUUUAAUCUCACUCUCACUUCCUGAACAUGGAGCCACUUCUCGACACAACAUCUGCUACAUCUUACAGCAAGUUGUAUAUGAAGGAUGUCAGUGUGAAACCGAUAUCCACACAGUACAAUAUCGGGUUUGUUAAAAACCGCUGAACACAAGUACAGUGUGUUGGGGUAACGGAUUGGACACUCGGCGGGAAUGCGUUUGAUCAUCUUAUUUCAUAAUGGACGUGGCAGCACAGGUUAAUGGCCAGGAUACAUUUUACUUCUCUCUCUCUCCAUCCCUCCCCGAUCCUAGCUCUCCGACCAGUCCGCCUGUCCUCCUAAUGACGUUUUAUCUUUGUACGCCUCGUUGUCGACUUCCCCGAGGUAAUAAUGAUCUGUUCUACAUUUUCCUGGAGCUUCGUCCUCGUUGAUCUCCAGUGUUCACUCCUUACCCUUCCAUAUCUCGGUGUCCGCCUCUCCCCUGACGUUUAUUCUGUAGAAGGGUCUCGACCCUAAACGUCACCCAUUCCUACUCUCCAGUGAUCCUGCCUAUCCCGCUGAGUUACUCCAGCAUUUUGUGUCUAUCAAGAUAGUUGCUGCCAACAUACACUGUGAUACUUUGAAGAGAAGUGACAUAACACAAUAUCCAAUCAUAGUAGUUGCUUUGAAUCUAGUUUCACUUGUUGGAUUUCAAAAUUGCACUUAGAACGACAAUUUCAAUGUAAGUAUUUGAAAGAACAUGCCAUUCUGUGAACAUCAUCACAGACAGUAGUUCAUUUUGAACUAUUUACCUACGGGUAAAUCGGCAACCUUACAUUAAUAUAGCUUUACUGGAAACUGAAAGGUUAGCAGCAGAAAUAUUCACAAAAUGCGGCGGCGUGCUCUUGAUCAUUAAGAAGUCUGUAAUGUCUUGCUGACAAAACACACCAGGAUAUAACACACCAGCCAGUCCCGCACAUCUGGGAUAUAUUGCAAACUCUUCGUUUAGUAGAAGAGUAUGAAGAAGAGUUUCGAACAAAACGUCACCUAUUCCUUUGCUCCAGAGAUGUUGCCU